AUGAGCGACCGACCAGAGCCUCUCCGCCUCGGCAGCAAGGCCCCUAACUUCAAGGCCGAGACCACUCAAGGCCCUAUCGACUUCCACGAGUUCAUCGGCGACAACUGGGUCAUCCUCUUCUCGCACCCAGAGGAUUAUACCCCGGUCUGCACAACUGAGCUCGGUGCUUUCGCCAAGUUGGAGCCGGAGUUCACCCGUCGUGGUGCCAAACUCAUCGGUCUCUCCGCCAACACCGUCGACUCCCACGAUGGCUGGAUCAAGGACAUUGAUGAGAUCUCCGGAAGCAAGUUGAAGUUCCCCAUCAUUGGCGACAAGGACCGUCAAAUCGCGUUGGCAUACGACAUGAUCGACCACCAAGACGCGACCAACGUCGACAGCAAGGGAAUCGCGUUCACCAUCCGCUCAGUCUUUAUCAUCGACCCCAAGAAGACCAUUCGCCUCAUCCUCUCAUACCCCGCAAGCACUGGACGUAACACCGCCGAGGUUCUUCGCGUCCUUGACAGCCUCCAGACAGGAGAUAAGCAUAAAAUCACCACUCCCAUCAACUGGGUCCCUGGUGACGAUGUCAUCGUCCACCCAAGCGUCAAGACUGAGGAUGCCAAGACUAUCUUCCCAGACAUCAGAAUUGUUAAGCCGUACUUGCGCUUCACACCUCUGCCGAAGGAGAAGACCACUGCGGCUUAG